AUGGUCUCCUUCCGGACUCUCCUUACCGCCUUGGGCGCUGUCGGGGCUGCUUUUGCUAGCACUGACGGCCUCACUGACCUUGUCACGUGGGACAACUUCAGCCUUAGCAUCAACGGAACUCGUGUUUUUAUCCAGUCGGCCGAGUUCCACUACCAGCGACUGCCUGUCCCAGAUUUGUGGCCGGAUGUCUUCCAAAAGUUCAAAGCCAACGGUUUCAAUACGAUCAGCAUAUAUUUCUUCUGGUCGUAUCAUUCCGCCUCGAAGGGUGUUUUCGAUUUUGAAAGCCCCGGAAAAGACGUCCAGCGCCUUCUUGAUGCCGCCAAAGAUGCCGGCCUCUGGGUGAUUGCCCGUGCAGGGCCUUACUGUAAUGCCGAGACCAAUGGCGGAUCGUUGGCUCUUUGGGGCUCUGACGGCAGCCUUGGCCGGAUGCGGACAAGUGACGAGACAUACCACCAAGCCUGGUUGCCAUGGGUAUCUAAAAUAGGCGCUUUGAUCGCGAAGAACCAGAUUACCAACGGUGGCCCUGUCAUCCUCAACCAGGUUGAGAAUGAGUUUGUGGAGAGUGUUCAUUCUGCGAACAGCACACAGGUCCUGUAUAUGGAGCAACUGAAAACCGCCUUCCGAGAUGCCGGCGUCAUUGUGCCUUUCACGCAUAACGAGAAGGGCAUGCGUGCGAACUCGUGGUCAACCGACUACGAGAAUGUUGGUGGCGCUGUCAACGUCUAUGGUCUUGACAGCUACCCCGGCGGGCUCUCGUGCACAAAUGUCAACACUGGAUUCAACGUCGUUCGAACCUACUACCAGUGGUUCCAAAAAUAUGCACCAUCCCAGCCCAUAUCAAUUCCCGAGUUUGAGGGCGGCUGGUUCUCAGCCUGGGGAGAUUCUGCAUUUUACGAUGAUAACAAUGUUGGCCAGCGGGUGACCUCUCAAAACAUCUACAUGACCUUUGGCGGAACGAAUUGGGGCCACUCCGCUGCUCCUGUCGUCUAUACGAGCUAUGACUACAGUGCCCCGUUGCGCGAGACGCGCCAGCAGACGACAAAGCUGUUCCAGACCAAACUGAUCAACAUGUUCGACACCUCGUCACCGGACCUUCUCAAGACCGUCAUGGUAGGGAACGGCACUGGUUUCCAUCUAUCGUCGAAGGCGCUCUUCAGCUGGGUCCUACAGAACCCGGACACCGGUGCUACCUUUACCGUCAUCCAGCAGAGCAGCACACCAUCCACGAGCAACGUCACUGCCUCAGCCACCCUGAACACGAGCGCAGGUAGCGUUGUUGUUCCAGACGUCGCUUUGUAUGGCCGACAGAGCAAGAUACUGGUGACAGACUAUCUCUUGGGCGGUGGCGCCGGCUCCAACAACAACACCAUUCUGUACUGUUCAGCCGAUAUCGCCACCAGCAGCACGUUCGGAUCGGCAGACGUGCUUGUCCUCUACCUGAAAGAGGGCCAAACUGGCGAAUUCUCCUUCCGAGACACAGCCAAUCUGACAUUCACCGUUUACGGCAACUCCCAGGUGACCGCAAACUCUUCUUCUCACCAAAGCUUCACGUAUGUGCAAGACUCUGGCGCCACAGCCGUCGUCUUUUCCAACAAAGUGAUCGUUUACUUGCUCGACCAGCCGACAGCAUGGCGCUUCUGGGCGCCGGCCAACGGGAAGCCACAGAGCAGCCCGCUCGAGGUCUUCAAGAGCGACCGCCUUUUCAUUCUGGGGCCGUACCUGGUGCGUUCGGCCGAGGUAGACUGGUCCAAAGGCACGUUAUCUAUCGUCGGCGACAGCGAUGCGGUUACAACGUUGGAGGCGUUUGUUGGGUUUGGUCCCCAAGACAGUAGUAGCGGCAGCUACACAACCAUCCACACGAUCGAGUGGAACGGACAAGCCUUGACAGCCGAGCGCACGGCAUACGGGGCCUACCGUGCAAAAAUCCCUGGCGGUGCAGAUCUCUGGACCGCCGCCCAGAUCCCAUCGCUGAAAGACGCCACCUGGUAUGUGGCCGACUCACUGCCCGAAGCGGACCCGUCAUACGACGACAGCCGGUGGGUGGUCUGCAACAAGACGACGACAGCGAGCCCUUCAGCGCCAAGAACGCUUCCAGUGCUCUUCAGUUCUGACUACGGCUUUUAUGCAGGCACCAAGGUGUACCGGGGCCGGUUUUCCUUUGAUGAGCUUGAGAGUGCGCCCACGGCGGUCAAUCUCACAGCGUCAGGCGGCGUCGGCUUUGGCUGGACGGCAUGGCUCAACGGCCAGCUUCUGGGCGGCGAUGUCGGCACCGCAUCUCUGGGCACGUCGUCGGCGGAGCUGGCGCUGACCGCCUCGUCGCUUCUUGAGUCGGAUGAAGGCGACAACGUGCUGACCGUGCUCGUGGACUACCACGGACAUGACGAGGAGAAUGUGGCGCACGGCCUGGAGAAUCCCCGGGGUCUACUGGGAGCACAGCUGCUAUACGGCGACAACGAGGUCAGCAACGGCAGCUAUACGGGCUUCUCGUCGUGGCGGCUGACGGGCAACGCCGGCGGUCCUGCAAACAUCGAUGCGGUGCGCGGUCCGAUGAACGAGGGGGGUCUGUAUGCGGAGCGGCUGGGCUGGCAUCUGCCCGGGUUUGACGCAGCAUCGGACACGGCCUUCCAGCUAGGCAGCCCCCUCGACAGCAACAGCAGCAACGGCGCGGGCGUGCGGUUCUACGUGACGACAUUCCAGCUGAACGGCGGCAAAGGCCUGGACCCGUCGUUGGACGUGCCGCUGGGGAUCCAGUUUGCGGCCCCGACAGACACGAUGGCCCGCGUCAUGCUGUGGAUCAAUGGCUAUCAGUACGGCAAGUAUGUGCCGCACCUGGGCCCACAGACGCGGUUCCCGGUGCCGCCGGGCAUCCUGAAUGUGGGUGCGGGCGAGAACAACACGCUGGCGAUUAGCGUGUGGGCUAUGACCGAGGACGGGGCGACGCUGUCGGAGGUGUCGUUGGUGGACUAUGAUGGCGCGUACGAGACGGGCUAUUCGGCAGCGGCGACGGGUGGCGAUGCUGCUUCGCGCGAGGCGCUGCAGCCGAAGUGGACAAACCGGGCGAAGUAUGCAUAG